GAGGGAGAGGCUGGGCUGCAGUGACCUCUUACACACUUACUGCCUCUCUCAGUCUAGUCGCGGCUCUCACAAGGGCGGACACACGCGGCCCCGCGGAGACAAGAGAAUACCCAGAGAGAGAGAAGAAGGGGUACCAUCCACCCACCCCACCCACGACAACCACCCCCCUGCCACCCCCUGCUACCCACACCACGCAGAGGCCCGCCAGUCACCCCGAGGGACCUGUGGGAGACUACACGCGUCCCCAAGCCUUUCCAAGCACAAGAUCCUAUUCCGAAGCACCGAAUCCUCUAUAGUGUGGUUUUCGUGGUGUCGGAUCCCCUUAAAGUAGGUUCAGGCGUCUAUAGGGAUUCAGAUCCUACUUAGAUGCGGAUUCAAGAGGAUUCAAGGUCAGUGGUGGAGAGGAGAAUGAGUUCCAGGGGCGUCCUCGUGGCCUUGGCUCUGUCGCUUCUCCUGUUUGAGCCCGCGUCAUGCCAGGGGGGCGGGGGGGCCUCACAUCCCCGGGGGCGCCUGAGGUCAAUACUCCUGUAGGCGGGGCAGGAGGAGGCGCCCUGAACCUGCCCAUUCCCAUCCCAACCUCCCUCAGAUUCUACGAAGGUACAGAUUUAAACAUUGACUCCUGCCCGCGCGAUGAGGUGUCAGUGAACGGCACCUGCCACCGCCUGCUCACUCAAGGGCCCUGCCAGGAUUCUGAUUUCGUGCUUUUAGACCCAAGCACAUACGAGGGUUAUUGCGCCGCCCGCCUCUGUGCUCCAGACAGGAUUUUUGUGUUUAGUGACCAGCUGUGCCAUGACCCUUUCAGCUCCAGUCACUGUCCAGGAUCCCAGGAGCUUUUCCAGACAGCCUUCGGGACCCCCAUCUGCCAGUGCCCCGAUGGCUUCCUGGAGGGCACCGGGGGGAACUGCGUGCCCCCUCUCACCCCCACGCACACAUGCCCGCCCGCCCAGGUGCUCUGGUCUAACAGCUCCAGGUUGAUGCAGGUGUGUGGGCCGGACCCCUGUGGCCGUCUCAACUUGGACCGCCCCCUGCCUUCCCCGCCCUUCGUGCCCUCCCUGGCUGAUGGCACCUGCUAUCAACUGGGCCAGGUGAGCGGCGUGUGUCCCCACGGCAGCUUCUACGCACUGGACCUCGAGGUGCGGCGCGGGGUGUGCGCGGCGCUGCAGGACGCGGGCUACGUCAUCCUGGACGCCGCCACGCAGCGCCUCUACCACGACAUGUACGGCGCCUUCAGCCUGUUCACCGUGCUGGACCACUCCCUGCUGCUGCCCGCCCCGCUCCUGCAGCCCCUGCACCCCGCCCAGGACCCUGCCGCGCUGCUGGGCGGCGUUCCGCACACCCUGCUCACCCAGGGCGGCGGCCAGGUCCAGCAGACUGGUGGCCUGGGGCUGCCGGUGCUGGGCGGCCAGGGGGCCGCCAGCCUGGGCGCGGCUCAGGGCGGCGCGGUGACACAGAUCACGUUCGGUAGUGUGACGUUACCCGGGACGCUGGAGCAGCACCUUGCGGGGCAGCAGGGGGCGCCGCGCCCCGGCAAAAGGCCGCCACACCCGCGCAACCACUACAUCCGCGGCCACAACCUGGGCCCGGCGCGGGACUACAAGUUCUCGUCGCUGUCCAAGCACUUCCUGCCCACGCGCCUCGACCUGGAGCGCCUGCACGCCACACGCGGCCACAACCACCUGGUACGUCCCCUCCCCGCCAAGGGCCCUCGCGGCGCCACGCCCGCCCUCAGGGUGCAGGUGGUGCCCGCCAGGCUGCUGGCCCAGACCCUCUACGCCCACCAAGCCCAUCCCGCACCCCGCCACGGCGCCCACUCAGAGACGCGCGAGGCAGAGGACGAGCUGGAGUCUGCCGAGCAGCAAGACAGGUACUCUGAAAGCACAGCGGACGGCCCGGCGGCAGAAGAGACGGAUGCCCAGGGUGAGGAGACCGACACGGCAGCGUCGAGGCGCAGGCGCGCCGCGCAGGGCGCCGGCCUGGUGGAGACCCGCCUGGUGACUUGCAGGGCGGGGGCACGGCGCCACGUGAACGCCAAGUGCCGCCACACGCUGCUCCCCUUCUCCGCCCUGCCGCCCGCCACCUUGCAGCCCACUACAGUUGACAGCGCCCCAGGAGUGCUCAGGAGGAGGCGCAGGUCAGCGGCGCCCCUUCCUCCUGCCAGCGCGUGUCCUCAGGGCGCCUCCUAUGACCUCCACCGGCAGUGUGUCCUUACUCUCCCCGCCUCCGCCUCCGUCAGCGCCCUCUAAUGACGUAACAGUGAUGCGAACAAAUAUUACGUCACCACUACGUCACUCUACGUCACUGAGACAACGCUUGGGACUUCCCUGGCUGCUGAUUGGUCGGGAGCCUGUGAUGUCAUUGUUUAUCUUCUCUGUGAUUGGCUGGUGAAUUUUGACGUGAUUUUUUUAUUUUUUUUUCAUUGGUGAAUUUUAAAGACGUUUUUUCUUGAUUUUUUUUUUAUUUUCUUUCUCAUUUAUUUAAUUUUAUUUUUUCUUGUUUCUUAUUGAUUGUUUUGAUUUUUCUUGUUUAUUUUACAUUCCUUUAAGUUUUGAUAAGGAUUUUUUUUCGUUUUCUUUCUGUUUGCUUUCUUUUUUUUCACUAUCACAUUGUUUCUUCGCUGCUUCCAUUCUGAUGAGGAAUUUUCGUUUUCUUUCUUCUUUUCCAUUUCUUUAUUUACGCCAUUUUCUUUUCGUUCCUUGAGUUUUAUUAAGGAUUUUCUCUUUUUUUCUGUUUAAUUUCUUUAUUCAUUAUUUUCAUUCUUUAUUUACGUCGCUUCUUCUCGUUUCUCUAAUUUUAACAUUUUUUUCUUAUUUUCUUUCUUUUUUCUUUGUUUUUUUUCUUUGAGUUAUUAUUUCUCAUUUGUAUAAGUUUAAUACGGAUUUUUUUUCCUUUUUUUCUAUCUUUCUUUAUUUUUAGGUUCUAAGUUAAUAGUGAUAAUAGUGAUGAUGAUGAUAAUGAUGAUGAAGAUGAUGAUGAUGAGUGUAAAUGAUGAUGAUGUGUGUUAUUAAUGAAAGAUAAUGAAAAAUGUAUUAA